GAAAUCCUACCGGAGGAAGUUUGAACUCUUUUUGCAACUCUGGCAAAUCACUGAUCAAGCUUUGAUGUGUGGUCUGAUGAACUGUCUUGAUCUGAACUACCUUUCCUUUCCUUCCUUUCACUACCUUUACUUUCUUUGAACUACCUUUGAAUCUUUGUAAAACAAUCACCCAUAAAUGAAAAAAUGCAAUGGGUGAAAUCAAACCAGUCUAGUAGUCCUACAUCUGUAUAAUUUUCUACUCUGCUAAGACACGCGUAAAAUACCGUAAAUUCCAAACAUAGCAGAGUUGGUUGUAUGCAAAUAUUUCAGCCUUUUUCGGGCCAAAAUAAAUUAUCAUUAUUCAUUAGUAUUAUCAAGACAACAAAAGACCACAAAGAUGUUGCUUGCCCUAAAAUAUGCAGCUAUCUACCAACCCUGAUAUAUAGUAUCUUCAGCUGUUUGCGAUUUACGUACCGUUUAAUAUGAGUGAGGAAGGUUACGACGGUUAUAGUCACGUUAAACAACUAAAUGCUGACACUACCGAAGAAGAACUGAUUCAACUUUACUCAAAAUGGUACAAGACAUAUGACAAGGAUGUGCAUGACCUGGCUUACAUUGGUCCAGUUGUUGCAGCAAAUCAGUUAAUGAAACACCUAAAAGAUUUUGGGUAUAACAAUGACGUCACCAUUCUUGAUCUUGGCUGCGGAACUGGUUUGGUUGGCGAACAGUUACAUAAGAAUGGUUACAAAAAUAUUGAUGGCUUAGAUUGCUGCCAGGAAAUAUUGAAAGAAGCAAAAGCAAAAAGCAUAUACAAGUCACUGCAGGAGGGUUACAUGGCAUCCGAUGAAUGCAAAGAUUUGGGUGUUGGUGCAGACCUAUAUGAUGCUGCCAUUUGUGUAGGAGUGUUCACUCUCGGUCACGUGAAAGGUAAAGGCUUCGAUGAUCUUGUUCACGUGGUCAAACCUGGUGGCUUAGCGUGUUUUAAUGUAAAUGAAAAAGUCGCAAAUAACCCUGAAUACAAAUACGAUGAAAAAAUGAGUCAACUCGUUAAAGAAGGAAAAUGGAAACUAUUAUCAAAAUACUAUGAACCGCAAUAUUAUGAAGAAGGCCAGGCCUGGUUCUAUGUUUAUCAAAUAUUGUAAACCUUUUUAGACAUAUGAACGUAAAUUAACUGUUCUCUCUCUCUGAAUGAUUCUCUCAAUUUUUUGCAACAAUUUUCACCUCCUAUUUUACGGAAUAACGAUAGAAAAAUUAAAAUUGUGAAACAUGGCUGCAUUUAGCCACAAGGGCAUAAAAAUAAACCAAGUCAAAAA